ACUGCCUUGCCCUGCUCCAGAUUCACUGCUCACAUGAAGAAUUUCUCUGAAUCUGUUAAACUUAGCAGUCUACAUUUUCUGCAUUUUCCAGUAUUUCCAGAAAAGAUUCAGACUCCAAUGGCAUAUAGAAGACUGCUCUGUGCUUGCCAGUACAGCAUCCCCAGGCCUCCUGCUGUAAGUAUAGCUUCUUUCGACCAAGAAAGCCACGGAGAAGCAAGUCCCUCUCCAACAUUGUCCAGUGAAUGGGAAGGGACCCCACUGAUCUUCACGGUCAGACAAGAAAUGAAUAGGGGAGCCAGAGAAGCACCCAGACAGGCCUGGGGCAGUUCAUUUCUGGAACAGUGAAUGACAAAAAUGCCUAUUCAGGUCCACUCAGUAAAUCCUAUGCACCUGGAGGCCACAGGCACACAUAUCAACAGGCACGUGAGAUUUCAGAACCAGCCCCCUUGUAAUUCCAAGGGAGAUUCUGUCCCAUCUGUCCCAGUGGGGCAGGUAAAUUCCACACACUUGAGCACCACCCUGGCUUUUCCUUGCCUUCCAUGUCUUACUCUGAGGCCGUACACUGCCGUCGGCCUCAACGGGAGAAGCCAGAACCCCUUUGCCUUGUCCAGGGUCUCCUGGAGUUUGUCAGAGCUUGAGCUGGAAGAGAGGAUGGCACCCGCAGUAGGCGCACCGGCAAACCCAGAUUCCCAAAGCUGGCUCCUGGGCGCGCCCGGGAAUUCAGUGGGAAGGGGCACAGUUGCCAUGGCACCAGAGAUACUCCCCAAGCAUCUUCAUCCCCCCGAGAACAGGGGGCCCGGGGCAGACGCCUCUCUCCCCGGCAGUCUGGCAGGAGCGCCCCUUCCUGUGUUUGCCGGUGCUCCCACCCAUCUCCCCUCCAAGAGGUUAAUCAAGGUUUGCUCCUCUCCUCACUCCCGCCUACCCCCGCGUUUCCAUACGGUUUGUUCACAGGCCCCUCCUAGGCCGGGGGUGAAUGCUCACUUACACUGA